AUGACGAAAAUUUCAAAACAAAGUUUGAGAGUCAAAUCCAAAAAGUGGAUCAGUAAACUUCCAAAGCACGUAAAGAUGUCAAUUUCCAACAAAAAGUUCUCAUCCAAAAAUGAAGACAAGCUGCCAAUGUUGCCACCAUCAUCAGAUGAUGAUUCAUAUGAUGAAUUAUCGCCAAUUGAGGAAGAACACUGUUCCUCGUCAAAUUCUGGUGCAUCAGAUUCUUCCCAAAGAAAAUAUGGAAGUACAUUCUUGGGAUCAAGUUAUUCAUCAGUAUCAAGUGAAGUAAGCAGCAGCAAGAAUCUGAAUGAAGAAUAUGGAACGCCAACAGACCAUGAAUUUAGUGAUCUUGAAGCAAAGACUGAAUCGGAUAGUUCUGGUAAUAGUUUAAAAUCAAUCAAAUCAAAAACUUCUUGCCGAGCCCUCCGCAAUUUUCAUGCAGUUAUUGAUUUCGACGAAAUUGAAGUGGAUGAUCAGCAUGAAAAUGAACAGGGCACAACAACCCACAACGAUGCAAGUCAUGAGAAAGAAACAAAAGAUGGUGAACUGAAUAAUACUAUCGUUGAAUCAGUGACUAUUAUUCAGCACAUAGCAGAAGUGCAUGGAGAAUUUAUUGAGGAUACCUUAGUUGAAGUUGACGAAGAAGUUCCUUUCGAAGCUAUAUUGAGUGGAUUUACAGAAAGAAUUCGAGAUGAUGUAAACGAAGGACAUCAUCCAAAUAUCUACGAAAUUUCACCAAGUGAAACCGUCAAUGAGCUUCUAUCAACAAUCAUCAACAUGAUUGGCUUAAAUCGCAGCAAAACAUUCAUGUUUGUAUUGAUGAACUUAUCGCUCAUAGCUGCAAAUGCUAAUCAACUCAAGCACCUUCUUAAUUCUAAGGAAAGAAACCUGAUAUUUUAUAUAAGCUUAUCGCUUCUUGCUGCAAGCUUCUUCUUUCAAUUGCUAGCAAAAAUUUGUUCAAUUAUAUCUUGUGGAAACUAUAAUUCAGACUAUUCUGAGCAUUUUAAGAGGAUGGAAUGCCUUCGUAAAUUUACGACGUUUCUUACUUAUAUGAUUUUCUGUGCUAAUGUUGUGCUGACAGGCAUAACAUUUGCUGAAUUUUUUUAA